CAGCACAUGCCUCGUAAAAGCCAUUACCUUAUAGCGUUGGACGCGAGACACUACCCUCGCCUCUACUUAGAAAUGAGUAACUAUUUUUUGCAUUGGGUUACCGCGUUAGCAUUCAUUCUUUGUUCAGGUCUAGCAAAUGGGAAAAUACCUAAAGUACCGAUCAAAGAAGUCGAAAACGCGCCACCAAGCACGGGAGAGGGAGAAGCCGGUUUCAUCCCAUGGUUUUCAGGCAAGAGAGAAUUUAACCCAAAAAAUGCCCUGAAAAAUGACAACGCACCGCCCGGCAAUGAAGAAGGGGAGGCUGGUUUCAUUCCUUGGUUUUCGGGCAAGAGGGAGUUGAUACCGAAAAUUGUUCUACAAAAUGACAAUGCGCCGCCCGGCAAUGGCGAAGGGGAGGCUGGAUUCAUUCCAUGGUUUUCAGGCAAGAGGGAAUUCGAACCAAAAAAUGCACUACAAAAUGACAAUGCACCGCCCGGCAAUGGCGAAGGGGAGGCUGGUUUCAUUCCUUGGUUUUCAGGCAAAAGGGAAUUCGAACCAAAAAAUGCACUACAAAAUGACAAUGCACCGCCCGGCAAUGGCGAAGGGGAGGCUGGUUUCAUCCCAUGGUUUUCAGGCAAGAGGGACACAACCAAAGCAGCGGUCCAAAAUGACCUGGUACCGCCAAGCAAGGGAGCGGGAGAGCAAGGGUUUAUUCCUUGGUUCUCCGGGAAACGAACAGUCAAUAGACUCAAAGAAAUAAACACAGAGAAUGACGCGGACGCUAACAAGGCCCCCCCUUCUGGGCACAACGAGGCUGGUUUUAUACCAUGGUUUGCCGGAAAGCGGAAAGUUUAAGCGAACUUCUGGAGAGGGAGCAGAAACCUCCAAGAAUGCAUCAGUUAAUCGUAAAAGUUAAAGUACAAUGACAUAAAAAUAUUUUUAGACAAGCAAUCAUCAAAUUGUAUUUUUGCCAUCGCAUAAACAGACAACUUCAAAGCACUCACCAACAUCUAUUAUCUUCUUUAACCCAAACAAAAAGAGAUAUAGCGCCUAUGCCUAAAUUCUGGCAAGAUAAUUUGCCCAUAUUGUGUUCUUAAGUUUUCAGUUCAGGUUUGCUUGCACAAGAUUUGUAAGAAGAGUAUUGGGCGAGUGGUAGAAAUUAAAAAUAAAAUAAUGUCACUUUAAA